CCUGUCAAAUAAUCCCGAGCUCAUGAAUGUCCAAAUGUUCAAACCCCACCUACUGUUAAAUCGUUGUGUUGUUAAUUAAUUAAGAAUAGUGUCCAAUGGUUUUGCCAGUGCAACAUUCCAUCUAACCUCCGAACGAGAGAAGGGAGGAUAACCAUAAUGUCGAGGUCAUCAUCCCAGUGUGACCAGGUGGCUUCAUACAUGGAUGGAGUUAACGUGAAGAUCGCUGAGGCCUACAAGCCACCGAGAAAAUUCGGACUGCCUGCUGCUUAUAAUAACAAGUUCCCUGAUGUUUCCAAGCUAACUUAUGAUUUUAGCUUGGAGAGAUCUGUUCUGGAAAAGGUGACAGAAUGGCGUAAAGCUAGACUAGCCAAUGCCGAGGCCCGAAAGGCGCGCCUUGAGAGGAGAAAAAAAAGGGAGAGUGAAUUGUCAAUGGCAUCUCCAGCCUCUCCAGAGGACACUAUGAUUCCACUGCCAGUUAAAGUGGCGCCCGCACCGGAGGCAACAAUUCUCACGCCUCAGCCUUUAUCCCCACCCCACAAUGAUCUACAUAACAUCGAUAUUAAUGUUAAAUAUAAUAGGCUUAAUUAUGAGGACUUUUAUAAUGACACAAGCAGUCCCUUCGAUAAUGUUGAACUGAAGACGAUCAAUGAUAUGGAGGAGCUGGCGCAAGUGCUGCAGUCUAAUACUCAAUGGACACCUGCACCUAAGAUUGAGACUAUUCUGAAGGAGUUGAGCAUUGAGGCGUGUCCGGAGGAGAAAAAGGACGAAGAAGAUAAGGCUGAUGAUGAUGAGACGAUACUAGGGGACGAGAAAUGUAGAAAUAUUUCCAUUAUUGUAGAAGAACUGCAAAGGACUCUGCAGGACAGACCCUGCGUGGAUAACUGGAAACCCUGGCCAGACCUGGAAAGCCCAGACCCCGAAACAACUCCGGAGGCGAAAAAGUCACCACUUACUGUCCAAACUCCCUCCACUCUACCCAAUCCCCUCCCAGAACUAUCUGAGCCCGACCAGCAGCUAGCUAAACAUCUCAGUGACAUGGGUUUUUCCCUGUCCAGAUCGGCGAGAGCAAUCAAGAAUCUGGGAAGUACAGAUAACAAAAGAGUCAUUGAGUAUCUGCUAGGCAUUCAAUCACUCGAAGAAUCGGGAAUGCCCGGGGAUGAGGCAGAGAAGGCAAUGGAUGCGGCCCAGCAUGAUCCUGAGAAGGCUAAAAAAUACCACGAAGACCUCUGCACGUUGAAGGAUCUUGGCUUCCCUGAGGACGAGGCCUCUAAGGCGCUAGUCAAAUGUGACAUUGACAGGGAUAAAGCUCUCGAUUUUCUCUGUGCGUAACUAAUUUUUAUAUAUUCUAAAUAAUAAAUUAUAGGUGAUGAGGUGAAGUCAUUGAAGCAGAGAGUGAUUUUAUUAUUUUUGUGCGCUGAAAACUCAUUGAGGAAUUACUGUGGAAGGAUAUUUUAGCCUGCGACUAUUUUUGGAACUGAUAGCUUCGAGGAGACUAAAGUUUUAUUGAAGAAAAUACAAAACCAAGAUUAUUCUUGAAAUAUAUCUACAGUUGUACAAUGUACAGCGAAAUGUUGGGGAUUCUGUUGUCUUCAAUAAUUUUCUGCAAAUUUCUUCUGUUAGCAAAUGCUGAAAGAAACGAAAUCUCCUCAAUUCCAAAUCCUCAAACGAUGUCUACGUUAUUUUACAAAAUAUCUAAACUAAGAAAAUGAAGGGAAACUCAAUUGACAGCACUGGCAGCUGUUAAGAUUUGCAUUUAAAAAAUAACUUAUACAUUCUCCUCUAAACUUCAUCCAACAUAUUUGCGAAAAACACCCCCUUCCCACUUCUUCAUCAAAAAUAGAACUAAAAACUAGAAAUGAUAUAUUUUUUAUAAUUGAAUAAAAUUCAUUUGACGUUCAAUUGUUGCAAUUAUCUUUCGAAGAUAUUCCACUAGAAAUAAAUUACAAAAAAAAUAAUUUUCGAAAAAGAAAAUGAAUAUUUUAAACAUCGUUCUGAGUUUGUUACAAUUUAUUGAAUUUUCUUGAACAUGGAAGGACGAUGAUUUCCUCAGCAAUUUCAAUAAAUACAUAAGUUGAUUAGUCUCUAAGGCUGAAACGAUAACAUCGCUUUGCAUUUGUACAUUUUGGUGACAAUCUUGUAUAUAAAUAAAUUCCUAAACAUUUAAAAAUCAA